AGAAACAUUGUAUUGUUCACAAAGAUCUUGUCCUACUUCCAUCUUCCACAUCUCAAGCAGUACCAACUCAUCAAACAAGAUGUCACUCAGCUUGAAAAUAGAGGAUUUGUAGUACAUGCAUGCCCAAUUGACAAGUCUUGGGACGAGUUUGAACUGAAAAACAAAAUAUAUCAAUGGUUUCCUAUCCUAGAAGAAAAUAAUAUUGAUAUUGACUUUGUCAAAUCUUGCUAUGGUCAAAUUGUCACUCCAAAACUGGCAGGAGGUGUUCAAUUCACUUCUGCUCGAGUUUUAAGCCUUUCCGGACAAGGAAGUAUUUAUAUAAGACCAAAAGAGGAUCUUCCCGAUGAUGAUGAAGGUACAUUUAGUCCAGGAACAGAAACAUUUUCUGAAACAUCUUUGGAUAUGCCAAGCUUUUUAGGUUCCAGUCAAGAGCAAGUUUUCAAUAACAAUGAGCCAUGCUCUUCGUCUAUAACAAGUAAUAAAGGGAGUGAAGCUACCUUACGAGAAAUGUUUCCAAACAAGGAUGAUGAUGUGUUACGUCAUGCUUUAGAAGUAAGUGGGACUGUAGAUAGAGCAGCUUUGGCACUUUCUGCAAACAGCAACGAGCAAUUAUUAUCAAUUAAUGAAGAUACUGAUGAUGAAGUUCUUAUUCAAGGUCUCUUCUUUGUCUGAAGAGGCGACAUUAAAUUCUAUACUUGAAGAUCUUUCAAAAUAACUAUGUAAAGAAAAAGAAAAAUUAAAAGUUGAGGA